CACUUGAAGUAACAGUACAGAACCAUAUGGUCACCAAACAGCAACUCCAUAUCAAACUUAUGACUGUCCGCAAAUAUGUUUGCGUUCUUGAGGAACCUUAAUAUAACUCGCACUGUCAUUUCUCCGUCUUACAGUGGGACAAAGGUGGACUUCUUCUCUGUGAGGACACGACAAAGUUUGACUCUGUGCAGCGAAGGACAGAGUGUGUGCAGAAGUCCAAACCGACAGUGUUCAGGGAGCCGCUACAAUGUGCCUCCGAGCGCCGAGUUUGUUGCGAGGGUGUCGGGGAUCGCCACCAUGGCGAAGUUACCCUUUCAGGAGACAGCAGAGGGGCUUGAUGCGGCGUUCAUAGGAGUCCCGAUUGACACCGGGACCUCCAACAGACCCGGAGCCAGGUUUGGUCCCAGACAGAUCAGAGUGGAGUCUGCCCUGCUGAGAGCGUACAACAGCGGCACCAGGGCAGCGCCGUACGAGUCUCUCAUGGUGGCUGACAUCGGGGACGUCAAUGUGAAUGUUUACGACCUGAAGGACACCUGCAGACGCAUCAGGGAGGCCUACAGGAAGAUCCUGGCUACUGGAUGUAUUCCUCUGACCAUGGGCGGCGAUCACACAAUUGCAUAUCCGAUCCUGCAGGCUGUUGCUGAGAAGCACGGCCCAGUGGGUCUGAUCCAUGUGGACGCUCACGCGGACACCAGUGAUGUGGUCUUGGGGGAGAAGAUUGGACACGGGACUCCAUUCAGACGCUGUGUGGAGGAGGGACUGCUGGACUGUAAGAGAGUGGUCCAGAUCGGCCUGCGGGGGUCAGGCUACUCUCCUGAUUCAUACGAAUGGAGCCGAGCACAGGGUUUCCGUGUGGUACAAGUGGAGGAGUGCUGGUUCAAAUCUCUGGCUCCUCUGAUGGCUGAGGUCAGGGCUCAGAUGGGCAGCGGUCCAGUUUAUCUCAGUUUUGACAUCGACGCUCUUGACCCUGGAUUUGCCCCGGGAACUGGCACACCGGAGAUAGCAGGCCUCACUCCCAUACAGGGGGUUGAGAUUAUUCGAGGCUGCCGUGGUAUAAACCUUGUCGGAUGUGAUCUCGUGGAGGUGUCUCCACCCUAUGACACCACAGGGAACACUGCACUGACUGGCGCCAAUCUCCUUUUCGAGAUGUUGUGCGUCCUCCCAAAGAUAAAAUAUUACUGAUCGGACCAGACAGAACUGAACUGGAAGCUUUUUAACAACGUAAGCAAAGAAAUCCACGCCCCGCCGAGAAGGCCGUCCUGAAGAAUACGCCAUUAUUGAUUCAGUAACAUCAAUCGACACAAAUGUUUACAACCAUCAUAAGGAUAAAUCCACUAUUAAAGACCAAGUCAAACA